AUGCCUGGUAUCCUCCCGAUGAAGGUAAUCAGAGUGGGCGGCAGCCAAAGCCGAAUCGCCCAAGCCUGCGAUCGUUGUCGAAGUAAAAAAAUCCGCUGCGAUGGUAUUCGCCCCUGCUGCACGCAAUGCGCAAAUGUCGGAUUCGAAUGUAAAACGAGCGACAAACUGAGCCGUCGAGCUUUCCCACGUGGAUAUACAGAGUCGUUGGAGGAGCGCGUGCGCAGUCUGGAAGCGGAGGUCAAAGACCUCAAAGAUCUGCUGGAUGAGAAGGACGAGAAGAUUGAUGUUCUAUCGCGGAUUCACUCUUUCUCUUCAGCUGCGCAGCGGGCUGUCCCCGCACGGUCUCCGUCUAUGCCCGUGGUGACGAAAGCGCUGAUCUCGGAUGAAUCUGAAGGCAUCAUCCAUGUCGAACAAUACCACCACAUCGCUGAUUCAGGAAGGGACACCAGUCGUCUGAACGACGGCUUAUCGACUACUCGGGGAUUUGCUCAUGUCUUGAAUCAUGCACUUGUGGGACAAGGCAAGGCUCAGCCUACGCACACAGAUUUUCUGACCACACCAUUGCAGCCGCUUGCCCGUGGAUCCCCCGGGCAAGCUGUUGCAACCCCACCACGUCUGGUGUCGGAUCAACUUAUCAACAUAUUCUUCCAGGAAUGGGCACCUAUGUACCCAGUCGUUCAUCGACCUACUAUUCUCAAGGCCUACGGAGAAUACCUGAACGAUCUAGGCUCUUUCCAACAGAACGCCCGAUUGAUGGCUCAGCUAAAUUUGAUCUUUGGCAUUGCGGCCUUGUCGUCCCAGUCCCGAACACACCAAGAUCCGGCUUUUUUCGAGCAGAAUUGGACUCUCUGUCUCGAUGCAUUCAUUGAGGAGACUUCAAUUGAAGUACUGCAAUGCAUCAUUCUGGCGCAGAUUUAUUACAUGACAAAGCGCGAUUAUCGUGCCUUGCUCCGCUACCGUGCUCUGGCUGCAGACAAGUGCCACCAACUAGGGUUGUAUCACAACCCUGGCCAGUCGGAGUUCAAUCACCUGGAGGCCGAGACCCGGAAGAAGGUUUUCUGGUGUCAAUACACCAUGGAUCGCUUCUGUGCCGCGCUCACAGGCAUGCCUGUAAUCUUGCCCGAUUCCCUCAUUCAGACCGAACUUCCGGUGGACAUCGAUGAUGAGAAUGUCACGGAGUCAGGCUUCCUACCAACUCUUCCUGGCGAAUCGACCCGGAUCUCAAGCGCUCUUGCUCUCUUCAGUGCGUCCCGUAUUCUGAGCAAAGCCAUGGAGUACUUAUAUCCUUCAAAGACUCGCUUCGACAUCUAUGUGGCCCGGUUGCGUGCGAUCAGCGCGGAUCUUGACGAAUGGCUCCGUGGUCUCCCUCCUCAUCUGCGCCUCGAAUUUUGUCAGGACAAACCUAGUACAAACGUCACAGGAAGUCGGUCACCUCUUCUCUCUUUGGUCUUUUACUUUAUCCGGUCUUUGGUUCACCGGCCGGCCGUCUGCUUUGCUGAAGAGCACGUCCGAUCUCCGUCCAUCAUGGUCGUGGCUGAGUCAGCCAAACACAUUCUGCAAAUACUUGAUUUGCUUGACGAGCGCCGGCUUUGUCUGUCUGUCAGCAUCAACCGGGAAGAGCUGGUCUUUUUCUCGGGAUUGGGCCUUUUGUGGCAGACUAUGGGUCUCAAGCGGGACAGCAAGCUUGCAAAAGAUAGCCAGAAGUUGCUCACAACGGUCGUGGAUCGGCUACAAGCUGAAUCUUCGACGUCUGCCACCGAAUUCAAAGCGAUUGCUGGAUUCCAUCCGGCGCUCAAUCCGAGCCCAGCAAGUGACUCUGCGGCUGUCUGUAAAAAGUCCAAUGAGAUGAAGGCCCCGGCUCACAAGCCUUCAAAAUCUCCGAAGAAGCAGUUGCAGUCCCUCAAGGCGCGAAUCAGGCACAGUCUGAGUAAGGAUCAAUCUGCUUCUUCGAGCUCCCAGUCUCGUCGAAACACUGUCUCUGGCUCUACGCCUCCGCUUGACACCCACGCUAUACAAUCACCCAGUUGGACAAGCCUGCCCCCCACCCACCACCAGCAGCCCACGAAUACCGUUUACCCCUUGAGCCGACACUCCUCCCUGGACCUCGGAAACGAGACGCGGCGCCCUGCAUCACUUUCCAUAUAUGAUCAGCCUCACGUGGGAAUGACGUCUGUCGGAGCCGACCCAGCCACAGGAGCCAUCACGAUGGCUGACUGGGAGUACGUCUUGAGUGAUAUGGAUCACGGGCUUUCCAAUAUCUUCACCGGCAUCUACGGUGGAAGUGAGUGCGGUGAAGAUUCUGGUCCGUUCGCCUCCAUCACCGCCGAUUGCCAUCGCAAAUCUCACGACUCGACCCUUGCGAUGCCCGGCCCGUUGUCAAAUGAGCUGCAAGAAUUGUCCCCCGAGGCAUGGUCUGCGAGUAGCGGAGACUACUCUAUUCACAGUGAACUGCCUCAUCAUGGGUACUUGAGCUACUCUGGGGACCCUCUAGGUAGCAGUGAGGAAUUUUCGACGACGGGGAAUUUGUCCGUACGUCCGGACGAGCUCAACUUGCCCGAUUCAUUAGAAGGUCUCGCCGUGCCUUCCAAGGACGAUGUUGGUGAAUACCGUCUCGCCCAGAGCUGGGACCAACGACCCUCUGUGCAAUGA